GUGUCCUCAGGAACGGACGGGGGAAGUGGCAGAUCUGGUUUCUUCUGGGACCAGGUCCCGUGAGGUGUUCUCUGAGGCGCUCCCUCCGGUUCCUCUGGAUCUUUGGCGGCUUCCCCCCGACUCGCCGGCCGAGAGGACGUUCCCACCAUCAUGGGGGGCGGAGACCUGAACCUGAAGAAGAGCUGGCACCCACAAACCCUUCGCAAUGUGGAGAAGGUGUGGAAGGCUGAGCAGAAGCAUGAGGCAGAGCGGAAAAAGAUUGAGGAGCUGCAACGGGAGCUUCGAGAGGAGAGGGCCAGGGAAGAGAUGCAGCGCUAUGCCGAGGAUGUUGGAGCUGUCAAGAAAAAAGAAGAAAAAUUGGAUUGGAUGUACCAGGGUCCUGGUGGGAUGGUGAACCGUGAUGAGUACCUGCUGGGUCGUCCCAUUGACAAGUAUGUUUUUGAGAAGAUGGAAGAGAAGGAAGCUGGCUGUUCUUCUGAGACAGGACUCCUCCCAGGCUCUAUCUUUGCACCAUCGGGAGCUAAUUCCCUCCUUGACAUGGCCAGCAAAAUCCGAGAGGACCCUCUCUUCAUCAUCAGGAAGAAAGAAGAAGAGAAAAAACGAGAGGUACUGAACAAUCCUGUGAAGAUGAAGAAAAUCAAAGAAUUGUUGCAAAUGAGUCUGGACAAAAAGGAGAAGAAGAAGAAGAAGGAGAAGAGAAAGAAGCACAGGAAGCAUAGACACCGGAGCUCGAGCAGCAGUCGUUCCAGCAGCGAGGACGAGCAUAGCCAGGGCCGGUCUCAAAGGAAGGUGGCAAAUUCAUUUCCUGUUGUGUCCAGAGCUCCUGGAUAUGGCUUACAGGUGAGGGACUCUGACUGGAACCAAGGAUUGCCUGACCCUCUAACUUCUCACCAAAGGGGGAUGAAGAACUGUACCAUGUCCAGAAGCUCCUCCCACUCUCCCCCCAGACAUGCCAGCAAGAAGAGCAGCAAGGAAGUGGGGUCCCGGGACAGGAGGUCUCGAUCCCCAGGCAGAAGGUCACGAUCUCCAAGGCUCAGCAAAGUGCAUAACUCUAAAGUAAGCAGAAAAGAGAGAGGUCAGACUCACAGCCCAUCCCCUAAAAAGGAGGUCUACCAGAGGCGGCAUGCUCCUGGAUAUACCAGAAAACUGUCUGCAGAGGAACUAGAGCGUAAACGGCAGGAGAUGAUGGAAAACGCCAAGUGGAGGGAGGAGGAAAGGCUGAACCUCCUCAAGAGGCAUGCCAAGGAAGAAGAGCGGGAGCAGAGGCUGGAGAAGCUGGACUCCCGGGAUGGCAAGUUCAUCCACCGCAUGAAGCUGGAGAGUGCAUCUACUUCCUCCUUGGAGGACCGUGUGAAGCGCAACAUCCAUUCUCUACAGAGAACCUCAGUGGCUCUGGAGAAGAAUUUCAUGAAAAGAUGAAAGCAUUCCCUUUCUUGCUGGUUUCCUGAAUUUUACAGGGAUGCUGCUGACCCCUUAAAAAUUCUCUUUAUAAGAGUUCAAAUGAUUUCUUCUACAGAUGUCAAACCACCACUAUUCAAAGUGACUCUGUCCAUUGAUUCCUGAGACAUCUUACAUCCCUUGAGAACCAGUGUGAUUUGAUUCUGGGAUCCUUUCCCUUUUGCACAGUGGGUUUUGACUGUGUGUUUUAAUGGGUGAGCCACAGGACCAUCGUGUUCUGGAAGGCUGUUCCCUAGGCUUUUCCCUUCUACUGGUGUGAGCUAUCCCACUACUUCAGUCCAUAUCACAUCUGCUAGAGACCUCUCUCCAGACCCAUAUGGAUUGUGCUCACUGGGAUAUGUGACCAUUGACUUAAUUUUGUAGAUAAUACAGAAUAGUAUCAGGUAGAGCCAAGAGAGUGACUUAAGAAGGUGGAAUAGAAAACAAUACAAAAAGCCCUAAAUAGCUGGGCGUGGAGGCACAUGCCUUUAAUCCCAGCAUUUAGGAACAGAGGUAGGAGGACUGCUGAGUUUGAUGUGAGUUUGAGACCACUCUUAGACUACAUAGUGAAUUCCAGGUCAUCCCUGGGCUAGAGUGAGACCCUACCUCAAAAAGAAAAAAAAAAAAAAAUCCCAAAAUGAACUGUAAACUAUUACCUGGUCUUUGAACUGUAAAAGUACAAUGUAUAUAUGUACAAAUGUAUAAUUUUUCAUUUUUUUAAAGUUAGCAUUGUGGGACUUUGGUACGUGAAUUUCCUAUGCAUGGCCACAUUGAACCUUGUAGAACAAUGAUACACUAAGGCAGGUUGGCUCGUUUUUCUCUCUGAAUUAGGCAGGUGGCAGGUUUGGGAGGAGCCUAGUAGUAUUAAUAGGAUCCUCUUCACUGCUUAGAGCCUGCUAUUGGACAGCGCUAUGUGGUCCAUUGAUUUUAGGAGUUAGGUUACACUGCCAGUGUGCUCUGUGGUUCCGUAGAGAAAAUAAAAUGGAAGUGGGUUA